AUGGCGUAUGCUUGUAGGCAACUCAAGAAGCAUGAGUUGAACUACCCUACGCAUGAUUUGGAACUUGCCGCAGUGAAGGAACUGAACUUGAAACAGAGGAGGUGGUUAGAAUUGAUAAAGGACUAUGACUGCACCAUUGAACAUCAUCCUGGGAGAGCUAAUGUUGUGGCUGCUGCUAUUAGCAGGAAAUCGUCUGGAUCCUUGGCUCAUCUUCGAGGGAAAUAUCUUCCAUUGUUGGUUGAGUUUAGGAAGUUGAGAGUUGGGUUAAGUUUGGAAGAUCAGGGAGCUUUACUUGCUACUCUCUACAUAGGAUCGGUGUUAGUGGAACGAAUUGUUGAAGCUCAAAUGCAGGAUCCAUUAAUUUGCACGUUAAGGUUGGAAGUCGAGAAUGGUACAAGAACAGAUUAUUCAGUGAGGAAUGAUGGAGCCUUAAUGGUAGGAAGAAGAUUGUAUGUUCGUGGGGAUGAAGCACUAAAGAGAGAAAUUCUUGAGGAGGCCUAUUGUUCGGACUUCGCCAUGCUUCCUCGCAACACAAAGAUGUACCGUACCCUAAGGGAGCAUUAUUGGUGGCCUAUUAUGAAGAAGGAAAUAGCAGAGUAUGUCAGCGUUUGA